AAUAAUGAUACGUUGCGUGCGCUUUAUUUCCAGUGACGUACGUUCAAAAACGUUUAACGAAAACUUGAUCGGAACAAAUAUCCCUGUUUACGUGUCAAUAUUUUAUUAUCACACAAACGAUUUAAACAUUUAACAAGUGUAUCACCAAACAUUCUUACUACUCAUUCUCUAAUCUGGGCAGUUAAUCACCUAGUGAAAGCUAGGGGCUCGCCCAGUCUAGUAUUGAUCAGCGUUAUCUGAAACUAGCUACAUGUUACCCAAUCGAUUUAAACAGGGAUAAAAUGUAAACAAUGUUGACUUAAGUGUUGAAUUAUCGUCACUGAUAAGCGACCAUUCUAGUCGCCCGAAUGUGGAUUUGUUGCAUCAAUAACCCAGUGCAUUAAUGCAGAUUGUAAUUUUCUUUGAGGAAUACGUUUUGGAAUAUUAAUUUGAAAAAAAGGAAUAACGUAUUGCAGAUAACAUGGUGUGGUCAACAGACACAAACCUUGGUCGAUUGCUAUACAUAUUGGGACUUUUUCACCUGGUAUUGUCCAAUGGUCCGCCGACUUUUCACGGCGAUUGGUCAGGAGUGCUGUCGCAAAAUGAAAAUGCUUCAAUAGGCACGAUCAUUAAAACGUUUUCCGUCUCGGAUCCUGAUGGCGACGACAUGUAUCUUUCCGCCGUUGAUGCUGACACUCAAGAAUUCUUUAAUAUAACCCCAUCAAAAGGCCAACGAAACUUUACUGCUAGUAUAGUUAUAGCAAAAGCACUAGAUUGUGAUCCGCCACGCCAAAGUCUUAUAGCAGUACGAGUACGAGUUACAGACAGGGAGAACAGUGAAGGCAACACCGUAGAUACCAAAAGCCACUUUCAAAUAGUAGACGUUAACGAUGAAAUUCCAAAGUUCACAAGUGCUCAGUUUUCUUGGACUAUCGAUGAGAAUACGGGGUCUAUUGACGAUUUCCUGGUGACAGCUGCGGACAACGACCAGACGACCAGAUUUUACUCGAUGCAAUUUACAUUAAACCCCAACACCCAGUCUUCAGCUGUAGCGAACGACUAUAAAAAUACGUUCCACAUUUUCACCGACCAAAGCAACAGAACCGCCGUGGCUAGAGUCCGCUUACAGAAACCACUCGACUUCGAGACAAACACGUACUACUCUUUCAAGAUUACAGCUACGGACAAUUCUGGAUCUGGCAAUUCAGUUUCAAAUGAUUUUGUUGUUCGCGUGCAAGACGUCCAAGAUACGGCUCCAGUAUUCACUAGCGCCCUGUACAGGACGUCAGUUUCCGAAAACAUAGCGCUAGGAGCUAACGUUCUUAAAGUCACCGCAAUGGACGGGGACAGAGGUGUUCCGAACCCGGUCAACUACGCUAUUGAAAAUGGAACGUGUUCAGAACUAUUUAGAAUAGAUGAAAAUGGGCAGAUCGUCACAAACAAGGCAAUAGACAGAGACCGGGGAGGCAUUGCGGAAUUAGGAAGCACCUGUAUCCUAAAUAUUGUGGCAUUCGAAGUAUUUGACAGACAAUCUCAACCAAACAAUACCAAUACAAAUACAACAGCAGAGGCAAGAAUUACAAUAUCAGAUGUCAAUGACGAAGCGCCUACUUUUGAGAGAAUGUCAUACGAAGCAGAAGUGUUUGAAAACACCGCACAGAACAUUCCUAUCACGCUUCUAAAUGUCACAGAAAUCGAUGCGUAUGAUCUGGACGAGGGCGAUAAUGCGCAAAUGACAUUUACACUCCACUACGAAAACGGUACUGAAUGCAAAGACUUUGAUGUAACACCGCACCGUGUUCAAGGGCGGGGCAGUCUUAUAAUUCGAGUGAAAAACAGUGGUUUCUUAGAUUACGAAGCAAAGAAAGAAGUAAACAUUAUUAUCAAAGCUACUGAAGCAGCCAACACCAACCAUAGUGCAAACACUUCGGUGAACAUUCGUAUUCUGGAUAUAAACGAUCAUAACCCGCAGUUUGGUAACAAAACUUACCUUUUCAACGUUCUCGAAAAUUCACCAAAUGCAUCAUCUGUUGGAAAUAUAACGGCUAAUGACGCAGAUUCCGAACCAUAUGCCAACGUUACAUUUUCCCUGACUGGUGGUGCGGAUAGAUUUACAAUCGAUGCAAAAAUUGGAGAAAUACGAACAGUAUGCUCCAACGAUUGCUCCAAAGAAUUUGAUCGCGAAAGACAGCAAUCGUUUUACAUGACGGUGACUGCAAGCGACGGUGCAGGAAGAAGCAAUUCUACGUCGGUACAGGUUGACCUUAUCGAUGUGAAUGACGAGGCCCCACGCUUUCGGCAAACGCAAUAUUUUGUUUACGCCAAGGAGAUGGACACAAAUAAGUACAAAGUCAUGCCUCUAGUUGUAGUUCAAGCAGAUGAUGCUGAUGACACAAAUACGAACAAUUCGAAAAUAGGAUUUUUUUUAGACGAUACGAGUUCGAUGCCUCGCGAUAACAUCACGAUAAAUGAAACAACAGGAGAAGUGUUUUUAAAAUAUGAAAUCGAUUACGAGAAGCUCAAUGAAACUAAUGGCGUUGUAGACGUUAUUGUCACAGCUUACGAUUUUGGACAGCCACAACGAUCAACCAACGUCACUGUAACAAUAACAGUAGAGGACGGAAAUGACAAUGCACCCGUCUUUAACUCUGACCUUUUCAACGGAACAGUCUCUGAGAAUGCAACGUCCAGCCCCACAAUAUUUACGAUUGCUGGGAUUGUACAUGCGACUGACGAAGAUGGAACAACGCGAAAUAACGAAUGCCAGUAUUUCAUUUUUUCGGGAGCGUUUGACCACUUUUCCGUUAACUCUUCAUCUGGUGAGGUGUAUGUGAAACCUGGAGCAAAUCUGGAUCGCGAGACAAGAGAUCUGUAUACUAUAACAAUUAUUGCCAUCGAUACGGGGUCACCACCUCUUACCGGAACUACCAUGAUCCAAGUCAAGAUAAAAGACGUGAACGACAAAAGCCCAACGUUCAGUGGAAAGCUUGAAAUAAAAAUUGAUGAGAACAAAACUAAUUAUGUUAGUGAAUCAUUUAUUCAGAUUAAUGCUACGGAUGAAGAUGAGAAUAAAGAGCUCGUGUAUUCAUUCAUCGGUUGGAAAGGAUUUGACAAGAAUAACAAAGAAAUCAGCGGUUACGACACUGAAAAAAUUAAGACAUAUUUUAAAAUAAACGAAACAGAUGGCAAAGUGUAUGUUUCGAGUAAAGACACGUUGCCAGACAGGGAGGUGGCACAGGUAAUUCAGGUCACUGUCAACGUUUCCGACAAAAAUGCCUAUCACCCUGUACCACAAACGGCUACUGCAACGCUAACAAUUACGUUACAAGACGUAAAUGACAACGCGCCAAACUUUCCAAACGGAACUGUAACCAAAGUUAAUAUGCGUGAGAACGCUGGCCGUGGAAGCAUAUUGACAACAGUACAGGCAUAUGAUGUCGAUGAAACUAGCAAUAUAACCUACUCGAUCAUCAAAGGGGCAUCGCCAAUAGAUGCAUUCGCAAUACCGGUAGAUGCGAAAGGAGAAAUACGAAAAUACGGGGAUUUGGAUAGAGAAACCAAUUCCAGUAUCGUUCUCACGAUCAACGUUACGGAUAACGGAAAUCCGCCGCUAUGGUCUACUCUUGACAUAACAGUCGAUAUACUUGAUGUCAAUGACAAUACGCCGGUUUUUGAAAAAGCAGACUAUAACGUGACCGUUCUUGAAAAUAUAACUGAUGGGCUACAAAUACUCCACGUAAAUGCAUCUGACAAGGACGAAGGACAGAAUGGCAACGUGUCGUUUACUUUAGAUGUCGGAAAUGACAACUCCUUCGGAAUAGAUCCUAUUACGGGAAUUAUUUCGGUGAAAGAUCAUUCGUUGAUAGACAGAGAACGCAAGGAGACUUACAUACUUCAAAUAAUAGCGAAAGACAACCCGACCGAAAUAAUAGAGCAACGUUCAGCAUCUCAGCAAUUGACCAUUGUUAUAGACGACGUCAAUGACAAUGCCCCUGAAUUUACUAAUGGCGGUAAUUACUAUGUAAAAGCUCGUGAAGAUUUGAAUGAUGGAACUUUUGUCAUUAAAGUUUCUGCAACUGACAAAGAUAAAACAGGAACGCCAAAUGGAAAAAUAUCUUACAAAAUAGAAAACUCCACUGGAGUUGGUUUAUUCAAAAUCGACUCAAAGACUGGUGAUAUUUCAACAAAUCAGUCUUUACAAGGCCAUUACGGAAAUGUUACCCUUGACGUAAAGGCCGAAGACUCUGGCGAGCCGAAACUUAACGGUACCGCGAUUGUUGUUAUAUUUAUAGACGAUGUGAAUUUGAACAAACCAAUAAUCAUAGAUCUACCAGCAAGCAAUACUAUAGGCGUGUAUGAGUGUAUCAAAGUGAAUCAAGAACUGUAUAAAUUCAACUACACUGACGCUGACAAGGGAAACAACGCCAAGGCGACGUUCAAUAUGUCGGUGGUCGAAGGGAGUCCGAAUGUGUUCGAAUACUUCAAUAUGACAACUGAUGGAAAACUGCUGUUAACAAAGUCAAUAAGCAACAUAGUCGUUGUUCCGUUUGAAUUUUACAUCCAAGCAACCGAUGAAGGCACUCCACCAUUGUCCUCAGAAAAACUACGAAUCAAAAUACAAGUAAAAGAUGUGAACGAUCAUCCACCGUAUUUUGAGAAUGAGACAGUAGCUUUGCACAUUGAUGAGAAUAAGGUAGCAUGGAGCAGUGUAGGACAGUUGACCUCCAAAGAUCCCGACAGGGACUCGUCUGCAUGUUAUUACAUUACCGAACAACCUACAAUGGGAUUAUUCGUGGUUGGGGAGACCAAUGGCACUGUCCACGCUACAAGGAUGUUUGAUUAUGAGACCCAGAAAAGUUUCGCCAUCACAGUCAGUGUCAAAGAUUGCUCCACAACUGUCAACGCGAGUGUCGCUUGUAACGAAUCGGUUCCACCAGCAGGAAGUGUACGGUCUAUCCAAACGGUUCUAAUUGGCGUAAAUGAUGUUAAUGACAACCCGCCUGUGUUUACAACCAAUGAGAUCACAUUCGGUAUGAGAAGGACCACGGCAGUGAAUACUAUUUUGGAUCUAAAUUUAAAGGACUAUGUGUCGGAUAGUGAUUUCCAGGAGUAUGCUACAAAAGAAACGUGGGUGUUUAACAAUACAGGGUCGAUAAAGUACAGCGAUUCUUUGAAAAGUGAACCAACGAUUGGGCACGGAAAUUGUGCUGAUGGUCAAAAGCAUGUGAUAUGCGUGCAUGGAAAUGGAUCAGUGGUGAACAACAAAUAUUUUAGCGAAGACAGAAGUGGAUAUAUCAUUGUACCCGUUGAAGUUCAUGAUACCAAUAAUAGAAGCAUAACGCAAAUUAGGAUCUACCUGAUCGGAGAUUCCGAAAUAAUGAAGAUGGUUGUAUUUGGAAACAAGACGAUCGUAAGCGAUCGAAAAGAUGAUAUCAUGGGGUUAUACAGUAAGAUCACGGAUCACACGUUUGUUUACGAUUGGCUUGAGGACCAUAAGGAUUCUAACGGCAGAGUGGAUUCGUUUAGGACAGACCUCUAUUUCCAUGUCGUAAACAAAGAUGGAAGAAUUUUGUCAGCAGAUGAAGCGCUGCGACUUGUAGAUCGCUUUUCGUACGAACUAAUGCAGGCGCAGUCACAGUACAGUAUUUCAGAAGUUACAAAAUGGAUCUCGACAGAAGAUGAUGGCGAAUCUCCCUUAAAGACCGUGUACAUCCUAGUAGCACUCGUGGUUGUCCUCACGCUGACCAUUGCUAUUAUCAUAUACGUUUCCAUAGUAACCAGAAAUACUUACAAGCGAAAACUGCAGGCCGCGACCAUAAACACACACGAGUUCAAAGAUGGCAAAGUUGGAAAUGAGUUCAUCCCCGGAAGUAACCAGUAUUCUCGACAGUCAAAUCCACUACUCAACGCGACAAUCUCAGAAAAGGCAGUGUAUGACAAUAUCAGUAUGGGAAGCGACAAUUCGUUUGACGCCGAUAUCAUCGGAAACGGCGGUAUGACGCCGAAGUACGACGGUCUGGAGGAGCAAGUCCGGGUUCUAGACAUGUACACGGAAGUGGCCCCUGGGAUGGGGGACGUGGAGAGCCCGCUGGACGCCGCUCUACGUCUUCACGACAUGCAGAACCUCCAUGAUAAGCCGGAGACCAUCAGCACAGAGGGAAUUGUUUCUACUCACGACAUCGAUGCGCUGAUCUUCAGCAAUCCCAGCUAUCUGAAAGGGCUUGAAUCCUCUGAGAUAUAAAGUAGACAAUCGUUUUGAGUGUGUUACUGUGAUAUAUUAGGAUGUAUAUUUUGUCGGAGAGCUUUAUGGUUGAUUGUUUUAUUUUAGACGACAACAUAGUAUAUUUGUUGAAAAACUUUAUUAUUUUAGUACUUACACUAGUGUGCGCAACUUUACUCGCUUGCGUUUUCUUUGUAACAACCUUAGUAUUGACAGUCAGAACACAUGUAUAUAUUUCUUUAAUUGUUUCCUGUUCGAUUAUUGCUUCAGUUUGAUAAAUGCAUUCAGAUGUGUAUUAAUAUGCCAAUAGAAAGAUAAGAUUUUU